AUGCAGGUGGACCUGGGUCGAAGUUGCUCGAAACCCCGAAACCCCGAAAGCACCACUACCACGGCGGCAGCCCCUGCGAGUACUACAGAUGCACCCGGUACCACCACCAAUACGCCUGUUACCACGUUGCCUGCUCCUGCGACAACUAUGGCUGUACCCGGCACCACCACUGCCGCUCCGAGCAGCACCACGUUGGCUCCCUGCACCACUACCAGUACGCCUGCUAGCACGCCGGCUGCUCCUCCGAUAACCACGACUGCACCCAACACCACCACUAAGUCUCCUGGCACAAAGACUAGGAUAGUCAUGCAGAUGGAGGAGCCGGAAGGAGGUCGCGUGAAAAUGAGUGGUCAUGGAGCACGGGCAUUUUCCAACUUACGCGGCAUGGUUCCUACGUCAUGGGCAGCCGGGAAGAAGAAGCGGUCGUCGUUGUUGUCUUUGAAACAGUUGAGUCGCUUGAAGCGGCCGUCGCCCCUGACGAUAUCGCCUAUCGCCCAAUCACAGAAGCGGAUGAAACACCAAGCGAACCUGUCCAGUUCGCUUCGCAUUGAUGAGGAAGGGGUGAAACGUCUGGAGCGCAUCCGACAUUCCUUGUCUGAGGCCGUGAAGAAGGCUUACAUCGCAGCGCGUAAUCGGAAACCGUGGGAGCAAUGGGUGGAGAACUUUGUCUCGUUCGUGCCAGGUCAGACGAAGGCUGAGCGGUCGUGGAAUUACAGCCUACGCCGGUUUUGGGAGUAG